AAACACACAAUCCUUUAAAGACGGCUAAACCUUCGGUGUCAGAUCCCUUCUAAGGAAGCAUAUAAUCACUUCACAUAUUGAGUGAACUUCACUCUCACCAACUUUCUCUUCAACAACUCUCACAUGCACUUCUUUUAGGGUUUUUAAUUCAAAGCUUUAAACCUUGAUCUCUUUGAAUUUUGAAAAUAUAUUCCACUCUCUCUUUUAUUAUAAGGUUAGUCUUUGACUCUUAGAAGAAAAUAGUUUAGGAUAUGGAAGAGAGAAAUGGUUGUGAGAAACUUGAAGAGGUUAUGCUUCCAGGGUUUAGGUUUCAUCCAACUGAUGAAGAACUUGUUGGAUUUUACCUAAAGAAAAAGAUUCAACAACGCCCUCUUGCUAUUGAACUCAUCAAGCAGCUUGAUAUUUAUAAAUUUGAUCCAUGGGAUCUACCAAAGUUGGCAAGUACAGGAGAGAAAGAGUGGUAUUUUUACUGUCCAAGAGACAGAAAGUACAGAAACAGUGCAAGACCUAAUAGGGUAACAAGAGCUGGGUUUUGGAAAGCAACAGGAACAGACAGACCUAUUUAUUCCUCAGAGGGUUCUAAGUGUAUUGGCUUGAAAAAAUCCUUAGUUUUCUACAAAGGUAGAGCUGCCAAAGGAGUCAAAACUGAUUGGAUGAUGCAUGAGUUUAGACUACCUUCUCUCAUAGAUUCAUCAUCUUCUCCAAAGAAAUAUGUAGACAAGACCAUUCCGGCCAAUGAAUCUUGGGCAAUAUGCAGAAUAUUCAAGAAAACCAAUGCAACAGCUCAAAGAGCUCUCUCUCACACAUGGGUCCCUCCUUUACUUGAAACAUCAACCUCCAAUGUUCUAACAACAAAUGAUGGAAACCAUAACCAAUUUUGUUCAUCAAACAUGAUCUUAACAAAGAAACCUAGCUUUGCAAGUCACUCUAGUACUUCUACUAAUAACCUAACACAAAACUUAACCUCUUCUAGUAGUACUACACUUUGUCCCUUAGAUGUUCCAUCUUAUAAUAAUCCAAUUAUUGAUCCAUUGAUUUACAAACCCUUAUACCGUUUACCAAUUUCAAAUGAUCAAGAUCUUAACCUAAGCACUGGCUUAGUAUUUUCAUCUCCUCUUGAAACAUCUUGUAACAAAACUUCAAUGGAUUUUUCUUCCUUGCUAUUAGGUAUGUCAUCUGAAGUAACAACUUCAAACUACAUUGGUAAUUUACAAGACCAUUACAAUAAUGGGUAUCCAUUAUUGGCUAACAUUCCGAAUAUGAACGUGCCUCGUGUUGAUGAUCAACAAGAGAUGGAUACGGUUCGACCCAUUGGAUUUCCAUUCAGUGUGCCUCUCAAUAUUGGUGAUGCUUGGAAGUCAUCAAGUCUUGUUUGGGAUACUUCCUCUUGUACUUCUGAUGAACCCUCUAGUUAUUCUACUACCAAGUGUUAUACUUAGGGUUUAAUUUGUUAAACUAUAGGUCAUUGAGCUAGUUUAUUUGUUACUUCCUCCGUCCUUUUUAAAAGA